AUGCCUCGAGGGGCUGGCAAAAGGAAAGAGGGAAAGCCUGUCAGGCGGCAACCUCGACCACCGACACCAGAGCCUCGACCCGUCCGAAGGGGCAAAAGCCCCCCAAGGGAGAGGCGAGAGAGACCGCGGGGUGAACAACCAGAGCCGCGACCCGUCCGAAGGGACAGAAGCCCCCGAAGGGAGAGGCGAGAGAGACCGCGGGAAGUACGGAGAAGAUAUAGACCUGGUGCUCGAGCCCUUAUGGAAAUAAGAAAGUACCAGAAAUCAACAGCACUCUUGAUUCGAAAGGCACCGUUUUCAAGGCUGGUCAGGGAGAUAGCCCAAAACCAGCGUGCAGAUUUCCUGUGGAGAGCAGAGGCUUUAGCAGCUUUGCAAGAGUCUGCAGAAUCGUUUAUCGUCCGUCUGUUUGAGGAUGCCUAUCUGUGCACCAUCCAUGCACGCAGAGUGACACUAUUCCCACGUGACAUACAGUUAGCAAGGAGAAUUAGGGGACCACAACAUGGCCUGGGCUGA